AGUUUUGGUGCGAAUAUAAAAAAGAGUAUUUUUUUUUUUUUUUUUUUAGAAAACCAACUUGAAAACCCUCCCCACCUUUGUCUUCCAAACGACUAGGCCCUAAUCGUCUCUCCGUUGCUUUCUUUCUCUUACUUUCUUGGCCUCACAGAAUCAGGCAAUUAGGGCUAGCGACGAAUACCCGGAACACCGUCCGCAGACAUUCGCACCGUAUCUCUUCUCUGCGCCGCCACCGUUUGUUUCCCUUACUUCAUCUAUUUUCCUGGCGAUGGAUGAGAUUGGUUUGAAAGUGUUGGAGCAUUCCAACAUGCUGAAACCAGUGUCGCUGGCCUUGUUAAAAGAUGAAGAUCCCAGUGUUGCUUGUCAAGCUAUUGUUAGUGGCAUGAAGUUUUUUGAUUCUAUACUUCAAGACUUGGUUCAACAGUUUAUUCGAAAUGGCAAAGUUGAGAGAUGGGCUGAAGAGAUGUGGAUGCGGAUGAUUGAGUUCAAGGAUGCAAUACUUUCUCUCAUUUUUGAGCCGGUUUCUGUGCGGACAAGGUUAUUGGCACUGAAGUUUUUGGAAACAUAUGUAUUGGUUUUUACCCCAGAUGCAGCUGAUACUGAUAGACUGAACUCUGGAGGUAAGGAGCGCAGAUUUAAUGUGUCAUGGUUGCCAAGUGGCCAUCCAGUGCUAGAUCCGGAUAAACUCAUAUCAGAGGCAAACAGCCUGUUUUCCUAUUUAUUAGACAUGUUAAAAUCAUCUAAUAGAACUCCCGGUCCAUUGACAGUCACUGUUGUGAAUUGUCUGGCAUCUAUUGCAAGAAAGAGGCCUUCACUCUUUGGCCAAGUUUUACAUGCACUUCUUGACUUCCAAUCAAACUCUGAAACAAGAGGAGGUCAUGCUGCUAGUUUACAAUAUUCUGUUAGGAGCGCGUUGUUGGGGUUCUUGAGAUGUACACAUCCUGUCAUCAUUGAGUCCAGGGACAAAUUUAUUAGACGUCUGCACUUAAUGAAUGCCGGUGAAGCCGCUGAUCAAGCUCUUCGACAAGUUGACAAAAUGCUGAGGAAUAGUGAGCGUUCAUCACGUGAUCCUCGGGCUGUUAAGGAAGAACAAUCAUCAACCCAGAUUCCACAUUCUGGGGAUUUAAUGAAAAGGAAGGCGUUGCAUCUGCACAAUGAUGUGCGUGAUAAUGGUGUGGAGAUGGCUUCAAAACGUAUGCGUUACUCUUCUAAUGGAAAAUCUUCAGAUCAAGUUCAGGCUCAUGGGUCUGUUGAUGAUAAUUCUGCUGAUGGGAUCUCUUCUGAAGCUUCCCUGGCAAAUAAUAAUGUGAAUCCUGUUGAACAAAUGAUUGCUGUUAUUGCUGCAUUGCUAGCUGAAGGGGAAAGGGCUGCUGACUCACUUGAACUUCUAAUUUCUCAAAUUCAUCCUGAUUUGCUGGCUGAUAUUGUCAUAACAAAUAUGAUACAUUUGCCAAGGACUGCACCUUUGGCAACGCAAGGGGUCUUGCCGUCAAAUGCACAAAGUUUUCCUUCUGCGAGUGCUGCGCAAGUUGCUGAUAGUACUUCUCUGCCUGUUCAUUCACAAAUGUCUGCACAGCAAAGCUCCAAUACUUCAACAGUUACCGACAGCACAUCUCUUCCUGAUUUGUCUGGCACUUCUAAUCUCCAAGUGGAUUCAAGACGUGAUCCAAGAAGGGAUCCCCGCCGCUUGGAUCCCAGAAGAAUUGCAGUACCUGCUGAAGCACCAUCACUUCCUGUUACAGAAGAAACUACCUAUGUGUCAUCUGUAUCCGAAGGUCCUGGGUCUGUAACUAAAUCCACUUCAAUUACUGCUGAAGCAAAUACCGAACCCAUCUCACCACAUUUUGCACCAGAGACUGAAGUUGAUGCAAAAGGUAUGAGAACUCCUCUGGUUCUCAAGAAAGAGGACAUGGCUAAAGAGGAGGGAGAGAAUGGAUCCAGAGAGAUACCUAGUUCAGAUAAUAAUGUUCAUGUUGAUAAGUCAUCUCGCUCAUCUGACCUUGCUGUCAAUGAGAACUCCAUCGCUCUGGCAUCGAUGGUCACUCAGACAGAUGUAACAGGGCUUUCUUUUGUCCAUGAAUCUGAUGAUGAUUCUCCGCCUGUUUCAAAUGAACGUGUGCCUGAAGAAACUUUUGCAGACUUGCCCGAAAUUCCGUCUUACAUUGAUUUGUCAGAAAAACAGCAACAAACGUUGAGGAAACUGGCCGUUGAACAGAUCAUUAAAUCGUAUAAAGAUUGUAAAAACAAAGAAUUCUGCGGCACCAGGAUGUCUCUAAUUGCUCGGUUGGUCUCUUGGAUGCAAGCUGAUGACCUUGUAUCGAUGAUGGUGCAACAAGAUAUUGUUUUGGAUUACAAAGACCAGCAGGGACAUGAGCUUGUAAUGCAUGUUUUAUACUUUCUCCAUGGUCUAAUUACUACUGAAUCAAGUGAAUUGUCUCUUGGCGCCACCGACUUGUAUGAGAAAUUUCUUACUGGAGUGGCAAAAACUUUGCUGGAUACUCUGCCUGCUUCUGAUAAGUCUUUUAGCAGACUCCUUGGUGAAGCUCCGAUGUUGACUGAUUCUGUAAUGGGACUAUUGGAGAACCUUUGCUAUUCAAAUUUGUCGAAUGUGCGUGGAACAGAUUCUCGAGAUGAUCGCAUAACUCAAGGUCUUGGGGCUGUCUGGAGCUUAAUUUUAGGGCGUCCACUAAAUCGACAAGCCUGUUUGACUAUAGCUCUCAAGUGUGCUGUUCAUUCAGAAGAUGAUACUCGUGUGAAGGCCAUCCGUUUGGUUUCAAACAAACUUUAUCAACUCAACUACAUAUCUGAAACGAUUGAGCAAUAUGCCAAGAACAAGUUGCUUUCAGCUGUAGAAUAUACUUCAGAUGCUGAGACGUCCAGUUCUGCUGGUUCAAUAAAAGAAGUAGGGGUUGGUGAAGAAACUUCUGUUAGUGGUACUCUACAUUCGGAUUCUGGUAAAUUGCAUGUCGUUUCUCAACCUGGUCCCAGCGUGUCAUUUUCAGAAGCUCAGCGUUAUAUAUCUUUAUAUUUUGCCCUUUGCACAAAGAAGCCUGAUCUCCUUCAGCUUGUGUUUGAUGCCUAUGCACGAGCUGGUAAAAGUGUGAAGCAGGCUAUACAUCGUCACGUUCCGAUUUUAUUAAGGUCUUUGGAGUCAUCAUAUCCUCAAUUACUACGUAUAAUUUCUGACCCACCCAUGGGAAGUGAAAACUUGUUAAUGCUGGUGCUCCAGACACUGGCUGAACAAACCAUUCCAUCACCUGAUCUUAUUUCUACCGUCAAACAUCUCUAUGAAACUAAGUUGAAGGAUGUUUCUAUCCUGAUUCCGAUGCUAUCUUCGCUUUCAAAAAACGAGGUUCUGCCCAUAUUCCCUCGGCUUGUUGACCUUCCACUCGACAAAUUUCGACUGGCACUUGCUCACAUAUUACAGGGAUCAGCUCAUACUGGUCCAGCAUUAACGCCUGCUGAAGUUCUGGUUGCUAUCCACGACAUUGUACCAGAAAAAGAAGGAAUUGCGCUUAAAAAGGUAACAGAAGCUUGCUCAGCUUGUUUCGAACAACGUACUGUGUUCACACAUCAUGUUUUGGCAAAGGCUUUGAAUCAGAUGGUUGAUCGAACUCCACUUCCUCUAUUAUUCAUGAGAACAGUAAUCCAGGCAAUUGGCUCCUUCCCUACUCUGGUUGAUUUUAUCAUGGAGAUUCUCUCCAAACUCGUUGAUAGACAGAUCUGGAGAAUGCCAAAGCUUUGGGUAGGGUUUUUGAAAUGUAUGUCCCAGACGCAGCCACAUUCAUUCCAUGUUUUAUUGAAGUUACCGUCACCCCAACUGGAAAGUGCUCUAAAUAAAUACCCUAAUCUCAGAGGUCCCCUUGUUGCUUAUUCAAGCCAGCCAAACAUUAUAUCUUCCUUACCAAGUUCAACCCUUGCGAUUCUAGGUCUUUCAAGUGAAUUGCAUAUGACAAACUCACAUCCUGUAACUUCUUUGCAUACAUGAGAUACAAGUUCUAUCUGUGGGACCACAUCUACGUGACAGCCUGAAUGACAGAUCGGCUAUAUGAACACGCUCGGUUUCUUUUUUCAUCCGAGGUUGGUCCAGCCACCGAUUACCAUGUUUUCAUGAUGACGGAUAGAACUCGGUCCCAUUAGAAAGUUGAACUUGGCAACAAUGGCGUUGGUGGGGGCUGUGAAAGUAUCUGCAAUUUGGAAAACUAUUCCAUUUGGGAUCUCAGCAGAUUGAUUGGAGGCGCAAAUAAAUGAAGGGUGAUCUCAUCUGUUUGCUUCGAGUUAACUUACCAGUAGGCUGUGUAUAAUAUGUAUAUUUGUAUUUUGUUUUAGGCUGCCCCUUGCUCUUAACAUAGUUCCAGUAGAAAAAUAGAAAAAAAAAAACCCUAUUUGAUAUCAAUUUUGGGACUGGUUGCUGCCUUAAUUGGGCAUCACUAAUAAUUGCAUAAUCUUCUCGCCUGCUUUGCUGA